UGAGCCCCAAGGUAACUUGCAUCACGGUCCCGCCCCUUCACGCAGACCCCGCCCCUUUAUCGGCCACGCCCCAUUGGAGCGCGGGUCCUUGUGGGAGUUGUGGUCCCCGCGCGGCCGCGAGCCUCCUGCGGGAAGGUGGGGCUGGCAGCUGGAAGAACCCGGGAACUACAGCUGCGGAGGACGCCUCCGCCUCCCCGGGGACUCGGGCUCUACGGCGGCCAAUUAGGCAGGACCACAUCAGAUGGCAAAGGAGCCAGUGGAAGACACAGACCCUAGCACGUUAUCCUUUAACCCGUCAGACAAAUAUCCCAUUCAAGAUACGGGACUCCCUAAAGCUGAAGAAUGCGAUCCCAUUACUUUGAACUGCCCAACAGGGUCUGACGUGCAACAUCAGGGAGAAGAAAACGGCUUUCCAGACAGUACUGGAGAUCCCCUUUCAGAUGUAAGCAAAGGCGAGUCCUGCAAGGAGAACUGUACUUGUCCCUCCUGCUCACUCCGGGCCCCGACCAUAAGUGACUUACUCAAUGAUCAGGACUUACUUGACGUCAUCAGGAUAAAGCUGGAUCCAUGUCACCCGACAGUAAAAAACUGGAGGAAUUUUGCCAGCAAAUGGGGCAUGCCCUAUGAUGAACUGUGUUUCCUGGAGCAGAGGCCUCAGAGCCCCACCCUGGAGUUCUUGCUGCGGAACAGCCAGAGGCCAGUGGGUCAGUUGAUGGAGCUGUGCAGGCUGUACCACAGGGCCGACGUGGAGAAGGUCCUGCACAGGUGGGUGGAUGAGGAGUGGCCCAAGAGGGGGCGUGGAGACCACCCCAGGAACUUCUAGACCUCUGCUUCUUCGCACUGGCCUCUUUGGACCUGGAGAAAACCACAGGUUAAGGAGGAAUGGGGAUCUGUUCUUCUUCUUCUUUUUUUUUUUUUUUAAAGAGUUAGGAUAAGGACAUGGAACCGGACAUGGGUUUUCCCCAAAGCUGGGGUUUGUUGUUUUGUUUUUUGUUUUUUGUUUUUUUUUUUGGAGGGUUAGGCUAUGUUUUGGUGGUGGAUUUUUGUUUGUUUAGUUUUGCACAUCGGUUUUAAUUUAAUAUCUGAAUCCAGAAUCAGGAAAGAUACUUUGUAGACUCCGAUAGGGACUGGGGUCGAAGACUACAAUCGGAAUGGAUUCAUGCCAUGAUGAAAAUAAAAUUGCCCUUUCCCUUCAAUGCUGUGGAAGCCUGAAAUAAGAACUAGGAUUGUUGAUGGCCCCAUGCGAUCGUCCCCCGUGGGAUCCUUCAUGAUGGACAGCGUUCCCACAGCUUACAAGAAAACGGCACAGAGAAGUUACCUAGUUUGUACCUUUUUCAGUCAUAAAGUACUUAGGUGAAGUGGCAGGAUGUUGGUAUUAUGGGCCACACCUUCAGACCGUAUGUGCCAUCUUUUUUAUUGAUAUACUUUGGUAAUCUGCACACUAUCAAAAACGGCAUUCGUCCAAGUGUUUUUUCCAAGAAAUGCAAAAUUGGUGGUGGGAGGACAGAGUCCAGAAUCAGCGGGGGAAUAGGACCUCGGGCGUGGUGUUUGACAAAGAGAGUACCAGAAAAUGUCCUUUGUCACCCAAGAUUUUUUUUAAAUUAACUUAAUUUUAGAUAAGGCUGAAUGUUUCACCCCUGAGAUCAAGCUCAGUUAAGAAAUAAAUAAAAAUCACCUGGCCCAUGGUUGAAGUAUAACCACUCUUCUAGCCCCUGUCCAGGGCCACUGACAAACACUACAUAACGUUUAGCCAAGAACAGGGAAUCGGUAUCAAAAUCCACACUUAAAAGGAUUUUAAACCAAAUGAAAAAUUGGGUCCAAGCAAUAUCUGAUGUUCUUAUUUGAUGGUUUAAAGGGAGGUGAAGUGUGGAGGAUGGAAGGUUUUGUUACUGGAGAGAUCCGAUUUUCUCGAUUUUUUUUUACAGGGUAACAGAUACAAAGCUUGCUUGGCAAUUCCAGAAAAGGCACUAUUUGGUUUUGGCUGUGGGUUCAGAAAAUUAAGGCACUUGUUACAGUUUGGUGGGGUUCUGUAUACACCCUCGAUUCAAAUAAGCAAAAAUGACGAAGAACAUUGAUGGGAGUACAAAAAAAGAUCAGGACUAACGCAAAAGAAAAUUAUUUUCUCAACCACCAACGUAUUUUUCCAUGGGCGGUUUUAGGGUUUUUAUUAGGUUGCUAAUAUACACAGUCAGCUUCACUAUCAAAUGUAAACUCUAAGCUAGGAAAAGCUACGGAGAUUUCCUCAUCACUUCUCAUCCAGGGUUCUUUGCACCCAACUCAUCUUCCCUUGUCUGACUGAUCCGAUAAAUGUCAGGUUUAUCACACGAUGUAUUUAAAGGAGCAGCAAGUAAUAAAAGGUGGAGAUUUUUAAAAAUAGGUCCUUCUGCAGUUGAUGUCCAAUGAGGGGUUGUUAAAUAUUUAUCGUCAGCCCUGCUCUAGGCACUGUACAGAACUCAGUAAGGGGGCUCCAGUCUUGUAGGAAUUUGAUUUUAUGUUCCAUGUUCUCGUUAAGUUUACAUGUGACACGCGCCCCCCCCCCCAAUAUGUUAGCCCAAAAUUUGCUGUGGGAAAAUACAGAUGAGCUUUUGGCAUUCGUUCCUGACCUGUAAGGGAAGGGGAACAGAAAAGUGUUGUGAUUAUUCAAUGCAAUAUGGUAUGGACCCCCAGCGGGGGAUGCUGUCACCUGUGUCCCGCCACCCUUGGGAUACAGGGAGCCUGACAAAUGUCCGGCCGACUGCUGCCUGGCCAGGUGCCACAGGAAGUCCCUUCCCUCUCCGUGCUGCUGGGGAACUGCACCUUUUUAUUACAGUGCCCCCCUGCCCGUCUCCAUCCUGGCAGACUGGUCACCCCAGCUCAGCACCAGCGGGCUGUGGGGGGGCUCUGACCAGGUAGAAGCGGGGGGGGGGGGGGGGGGGGGGGAAGGAGGGAGAUGGGAGGGAAAAGCCCUUUGGCUCCCUUUCCUCAGCCUGCUCCUUCCUCCUGCAGCCUCUAGGUCUCCACCUCCCCCAGACAGAGACCCAAAAUAACAGGUGGUAGCACCACCCCUACCCCCAGCCAUCAUUCCUGUUAGGGAGUGGACCUGGGGGGAGGGUGGGAGGUUUCCCUUAUUUCCAGAGACUUCCUCCGCCUCCAACUCACACAGAACAGAGGUGCAAUGGGAAGAAAGAGCAACCUAAAGGAGGAGAGGAUUGGAAUAAUACCACCGCCACUACCCUGACCUGCCUCUGCUGCUGCCUCACCAACUUCCCUGGUCUUCCCCUCCCCCACCCCUGGAGUUCCCAGCUCAGUGGGUGCCAGCUCUACUGACCCUGGCAAGUCACAGAACUCCCCUCAGCCCUCCCCCCAGUGCUUUGAACAGUAGCGAGGGGGGAGGUGGUCUUCUAAAUUUCCUUCUAUUAGGGCCACAGCUGCAAGUUUUAAAAAAUGUUUAAGGUCCUAAUAUCCCAGAUGUGAAAUCUGGAAAAUACUGUGACAAAUUUUCCCACAGAAACACAGUUAUAGAUGGAGGUCAGGUUUUUUAGAACUGUCGGUUCUAGAUUUCACAAAUUCCUGAAUUUAAAGUUUUUUGUAAGCUGGCUUGGGAACGUGUGUCCACACAUCCCUGUUGGCACUGCUUCUGGGGGGCAGAUUUCCAAUUCCAAACUCAAACUUUCAAUCUCAAAACUGACUUUCAACAGAACUUAUCAACAUAUGUAUCUUCAACACGGCUAUUGUUCCUAAGUGUCUGCUGAACUUAACUUUGAAUUAGAUAAAAUAUGUUAAGACAGAAUUCAGGGGAUUCAGGUAUGGGUUCGGUGGUGUGGGCUCCUUUACGGUCAAAUUCAGGAAUUUCAGGAAAAGCAUGUGACCACAGAGUUGUCCCCCCCACCCCCCAAACCCCCCAUUUGGCAUCAUUACUUCCAAAGACCUCAUUGGGAAUAAUUUCCAAUCCUAGCUAUGAAAGCUUAAAAUUCCUGUUUAUAAUUGCAUGGGGGAAAUGGCAGGGUAGACAGGGUUUGUUUGUUUUUUUUAAAUAGGGGAGUUGACAUGACUAUACUGUUUGAAUUUGAUUCUACCGUUAUUUGCACCUACUGCCAUCUCUAGCGAUUGACAUUUACUUUAUGAUAAGUUUGAAUUAUUAGAAAUACAUUAGCAGAGGGGCA